UCAGCCCUUGUGCAUUCUGUUAAUUUUUAAAAUGGCAGCCUUUGGAAGGUUAGUACGGGUUUCAAGAGCUCUAGUCAAUGCAGAAACAAUUUGGAAAACAACGAAACAGCGGAAAGCUAUAGAAUGUUUAAAGACUUCAGGCCUUUCCAUUCCACAAUCAAAAAGAUACUUCAGAUCCUCUAUGGCAGUUGCGAAGAAAACAGUGAGCAUUACAUUUAUUGACCGGGAUGGAGAUAAAAAUGUUGUCAAAGCCAAUGUGGGGGAUACAUUACUCGAUGUAGCUAAAGAUAAUGACAUUGAUCUAGAAGGAGCUUGUGAAGGGACACUUGCUUGCUCAACUUGUCAUCUUGUAUUCCAACCAGAGCAAUACGAUAAAAUUGAUAUAGAUCCACCAACAGAAGAAGAGCUGGACAUGCUUGAUUUGGCUUAUGGUUUAACUGACACAUCAAGACUGGGUUGUCAAAUUGAAGUAACAGAGCAAAUGGAUGGACUUAUAUUGACUGUACCUGUAUCAGUUGAUGUUAGAAGUUAGUUUGUGUUAUUUUGUGAUAAAUUUCAAGUAUUUGCAAGUGAAGGUUUUAAGCUUUGUCAAACAUAGUGCUAGAAUUUUAUGCUGUUAUAUAAUUGAAAUCGGAUAGCAAUGUAGUUUUGUACA